AUAUGUUACAUUGUACUAAAAAUGAUACAGUUGAUAGCCAAAAAUAUAAAUAUUGGGGUAAUUAACCUAUCGAAGGUAUUCGUUUACUAAGCACCACUUUUAUAUUUAAUUUGUCUCAAUUCUCAGCGUAUUUUUGGCUGGAUGCUAUCUGUUUUCCAUUCCAAGUCUCUAAUCAUUUCCAGUUAUCAUUAUAACCAAUUUCCACUAUCUUUAAGUUUAUUAUCAACAUGAUUCACGGCGAAGUUAAUAAUGAAAAUAACAAUAAGAGACCAAGUAUCGUUUUCUACUCUCACAAUAACAUAAAUCUGGGUGAUAGAUCUCGAAAGAAGCAAAAACUGCACACAAUGGAAGCACACAAAAAAUGUUUACAGGACAAAACUGUGAAUUACAACAGCCCUUUUGUCAAGGCUUUUUUAAAAACCAAGUUUGAGCCCAAGACAAUCAAUAUAGGAGGGUGGAAAUGUUCAAGAUGCUCUUCUACUUUUAAUUAUCUUAUUGAUUAUAUCAGCCAUUUGGAUAAAACAAAAUACUAUCUAGUCAAGAUUUACAAGUGUUGCUAUCCUGAUUGCGUUUUUUCCUUUAUUGGUUUUGAUUAUCAAAGCUAUGCAGACAAACAUAUCAAAAGACAUAAGAAAAAAAAGGAUAAGAAAUGCGAUUAUUGUCAUUAUACAACAGAUUCAAAUGGGAAUUUACAAAGACAUAUAGAAUCACAUCUCAAACAAAAAUUGAGGCACACUUCAAAACCAACUUCAAACCAAAUUUUAAACAGUGGGUUAAUUGAUAUUAAUAGCAGUCCUAUAAGCAGUUACAACAGCCCUAUUUGCAUCAAUAAAAAUUACACACACCAUAACAAUAACACACAAUACAAUGAGAACACUUUUGAGCAUGAUAAUAAUCAAGUUAAUAACAACCAUAUUCCAACCUAUGCCCAUGUUUACACCUCCAGAGACAACCACAAUAAUAGUGAGACACAAAAUAAUCAAUCUGCCUAUCUGCCCUACAAAUUUGAUCCUAAUAAUUUAGCCUUAAAUCAGAUUUCAUUCAAUCAUUCAGGAUUUUACUCAGGGCUCAAUUUGAGAUUUAAUUUGUAUCCUAACAUCACCUCCACAGAAAGCUUGUUGCUUGAAAAUAAUUGUCACAUUCAACCAUCACAAAAGCAGACUGUCUUACCCCCUAUCCAUCAUAUAUUUCCAGUUGAGUUGGGGUCUCAUGUUGAAGAAAAGCAUAUUUGACUAGUUGUCAUUCUAUUGCUAGUAUAUGACUUGAAACAUUUUAAUUACAAUGACCAGGGGAAAUUAGUAUUCACUUACAAGCUCUAAUCUUAUUAUCCGAUUUAAUUGAGUUCCAGUAGAUUUAGUCAAAUUUUCAGUUUUAUUACUUAAUCAGCUACCGAAAACUACGAGGUUUCAACAAGAAAUUCAAAACUGUAAUACCAUAAUGGACUUUUGUUUAGCAUUUACAUUUCAAUUGUGAUAAUUUU